CUGGUCCUUCAGCAAAAAUUAUGGAAUCUUUGAGUGAUGAAGAAGUACUGAGAUUAUGCUCUGACCUAUUAAGAAGAUUUGUUGCAAAACACAGAAAGAAAAGCAAAAUACUUUAUAGUGAUCCUGUUGAAAUCCUUAGGAGUAAAUGGGGUGAAAAUCCAUACAGUAAAGGAUCAUAUUCAUUACGUUUACUGAAAACUGAAAAAUACGGAGGAAGUUCUUUUGAAUUGUCUAAACCAGUUAUCGAUUCUUUGGGACGAUCAGCUAUUUUAUUUGGUGGCGAAGCAACCAGCAAAAACUAUUAUUCAACAGUUCAUGGCGCUGUGGAAAGUGGUUUCAGAGAAGCUACUAGAAUAAUUAGUUUGAAUCCAAAUAGUUUGAGGUCAGUGAUGAGAAAUGCCAGAUCAGGAUAAUAAAAUUAUAUGUUGUGGUUAGUUUUGUCAAACUUUCUGUAUGCUUUAUGUGCAU